AUGGCGGCCAGUCUGACGGCGGCUGGGGGCUCCGGUGGUCCCGGAGGAGGAAGCUCAGGAGGAGGUAGCGGUGGGAAUACAACCCAGCAGGGUACCGGCUUGUCUACGCACUCGUUAUCCAUGCACAGCGGCUUCCCCAAUGGACCUCAUUGGAGCACAGGGACUAUUUAUCAGCACACGGCCAGAAGCUUGGACCGGGCCCUGGAAGAGGCGGUCAACAUGGGCAUCCUCAGCUUGAGCGGCCGAAAGCUUAGGGACUUUCCUGGUACCGGCUACGAUCUGACGGACACUACACAAGCAGAUCUCUCCAAAAAUAGAUUUACUGAAAUCCCAUCAGAUGUUUACUCUUUUGCACCUUUGGAAACCUUAAAUUUAUACCACAACUGCAUCAAAUGCAUUCCAGAGACCAUAACAAAUCUUCAGAUGCUAACUUACCUAAACAUUAGCCGAAAUCUUCUGUCAACCUUGCCAAAAUAUCUCUUUGACUUGCCAUUGAAAGUGUUGGUCGUUAGUAAUAAUAAAUUAGUUUCUAUACCAGAAGAAGUUGGAAAGCUGAAAGAUUUAAUGGAGUUGGAUGUUAGCUGUAAUGAACUGCAAGUUCUCCCUACGCAAGUAGGGAAGCUACAUUCACUAAGAGAACUUAAUUUAAGAAGAAAUAAUCUCCAGGUAUUGCCAGAUGAGCUUACAUUCUUACCAUUAGUAAAGUUGGAUUUUUCAUGUAAUAAAAUUACGGAAAUCCCAGUAAGUUACAGAAAGCUCCGUCACCUAGAACUGAUUAUUUUGGACAAUAAUCCUAUGCAGAUACCUCCUGCCCAGAUUUGCCUAAAGGGUAAAGUGCAUAUUUUUAAAUAUCUCAACAUCCAAGCUUGUUGCAGAACAGAAAAGAAGCCAGACUCUCUUGACUUACCUUCUUUAGCAAAAAGAAUUCCUUGUCAACCUCUAACCGACAGUAUGGAAGAUUUCUAUCCAAAUAAAAAUCAUGGCCCAGAUUCUGGGAUUGGCAGUGAUAAUGGAGAUAAGCGUCUGUCAGCCACUGAACCAUCAGAUGAUGAUACAAUCAGCCUUCAUUCUCAGGUGUCAGAAUCAACACGAGAUCAGAUACCAAAAAAUGACAAUCAAAUAGUUGGGAGUAAACCUGACUCCAAUAAAAGUCUUGAACAUGAUAUUUACGAUUAUUAUCCAAGUGCAGAAGAAGCUAUUCUAUCCGACCAGGGUGAUGUACUUAGCAACCCAUUUGUAACAUAUAUUAAGGAACGGGGAAAACUUUGUGAAAUUGAGAAGGUAGAAGAAAACGACAAAUGGGAAGAAGAUAGUAGGCUUGAGAAGGACCAGCUUCUGGUCGAAGAAGAAGAAGAAGAUGAAAUAAAGGAAGUGACAGACUUAAGAAAAAUAGCAGCACAGUUACUACAGCAAGAAAAGCACAACAGACGGAGGCCAUUAAGUUAUAGAACUUCAUUCAGUGAAAAGCUCUUCCAGAGGACAAGAGCAGCAGGACGGGCGUCAAGGUUUCUUAACCACACUACUUCUGCAAAUACACGAGACAGAACAAAGCAAGGCAAUGGAUCGGAAAAAUGCCCAACAGGUGAAAAUUCCCAGUUGUCCCCUUGCAGUUGGCAGGGACCAGAAAAAGAUAAUGCUGAUGUAGAAGGGGGUACCGCAGGUUGCCAGAUCGAGGAAAGACGGAGGUCCAAGCAGACCAGGAAAGAGUAUUUUAAGUACAAGUCCUCCCGAAAGUGUUCAAGUGGAAAUGAAAAUAACGAGCAUAACAAUGAUAGUGCCAAUGUGUCACCAUCAUCUCCUGUUUCAUCAGAGGACUGUGAAAGAUCUCACAGCAAUUCUCCUAUUCCAUUUGGGUUAAAGCCAAGGUCAGCUUUUAGCCGUUCUUCAAGGCAAGAUUAUAACUCAAUGGAUCCAGGAUUUACGAUGAGGAGGAAGAUGGAACAUUUACGAGAAGAAAGGGAACAAAUAAACCAACUCCGUAAUAAUCUCGAGUCCAGGCUGAAAGUUAUUUUACCAGAGGACAUUGGUGCAGCCCUAAUGGAUGGAGUUGUGUUGUGCCAUCUUGCAAAUCAUAUACGACCUCGUUCUGUUGCAAGUAUUCAUGUCCCAUCACCAGCAGUGCCUAAACUAAGUAUGGCAAAAUGCAGGCGAAAUGUUGAAAACUUCCUCGAGGCUUGCAAGAAACUUGGUGUUCCACAGGACCGUCUUUGCUUGCCACAUCAUAUCUUGGAAGAGAGAGGUUUGGUGAAAGUUGGUGUCACAGUACAGGCGCUUCUAGAAUUACCUUUACUAAGAGCAUCACAACUUUCUUCAAUUUAAAAUGAUGAAAUAAGCACUGACAUUCUAAUUACUCAUUUUCAAGCCUCAAAAGUCAAAUCUCUGUAUUAAUUCCUAGGACAAUUCUUGUAAAAUCACGCAAGUUAAAAUGUGCACUGUGCACAGCUACUGUACCAUUUAAGUGAAAAUUCUUAUAUUUACCAUUCAAAGCCCACAUUUUUUAAGUCACCAUCAGUUAUACCGAAUUGAUUUAAAUUUUUAAUCCAAAUAGUUAAUUUCUUAAUAUAUAUUUUCUUGACACCAAAUGCAAGGUUUUUUUUGUUGGUUGUUGAAGGGACACUAUCUCUUGAUUUUCCUAUAUAGCCUUUAAAUUUAAAUGUUUGUUUUUAUGUUUAGUAUUAUAAAAAAAAACAUAUAGCAUUAUGCCACUGGGUGUAGAAUGCAGUGAAAUCUAACAGAAAACAUUUCUGUUGAAGUCCUUGUAAAAGUGACAUUGCUGCAAAAAGCAAUAAAUGUCAUUAAAGGGG